AUGUCGAGGCGCAAGCAGGCGAAGCCCCAGCACAGUUACUCGGAGGAGGGCCAGGGCGAGCAGCCGCUGCAGCAGCCGAGCCCCGACCUCGCAGAGGCGCCGGCGGCGGAGGAACCGGGUGAGCUGGGUGCUCCAGUGAACUCCCCAGGGAAUGGCGAUGAAGUGACAGAGGACAUGGCCCUGGUAAAGCGCCCUCGGCGGGAGGAGACUCACAUCUGCGAGAAGUGUUGUGCUGAGUUCUUCAGUCUCUCUGAGUUCGUGGAACACAAGAAAAGUUGCACUAAAAAUCCACCUGUCCUCAUUAUGAACGACAGUGAGGGGCCAGUGCCUUCAGAGGACUUCCCCAGAGCUGUCCUGAGCCACCAGCCUGACAGCCCAAGCAAUAAGGACAGUCACCAGGACAACAGUGGCGGCUCAGGGAGCUCAAAGGAAAAGCUGGGCAUGGACUCUAUCCUUUACUUAAAGACAGAGGCUUCCCUGCCACCCACAUCCCAGAACAUAAGCUACUUACCCAAAGGCAAAGUGGCCAACACCAAUGUGACUCUGCAGGCGCUCCGUGGCACCAAGGUGGCAGUGAACCAGCGGAGUGUGGAUGCCCCUGCAGCCCCUAUGUCAGUUGCCCACACUAUCCCAUGGGUCCUAGAGCAGAUUCUAUGUCUGCAGCAGCAGCAGCUCCAGCAGAUCCAACUCACCGAACAAAUCCGUGUCCAGGUGAACUUGUGGGCGGCACACGCCCUCCACUCUGGUAUGGCAGGUGCAGACACUCUAAAGGCCUUAAGCAACCAUGUGUCUCAGCAGGUGUCCAUAUCCCAGCAGGUGUCCGCUGCUGUGGCUCUGCUCAACCAGAAGUCCUCAAACCCAGCUCUGUCUCUAGAUGCCUUGAAACAAACCAAGCUACCUCAUGCCAAUGCCCCCUCUACAACAGGCUCACUGUCCUCGGGGUUUACGCCCUUCACCUUGAAGCCUGAUGGGACUCGGGUUCUCCCCAACUUCAUGUCUCGCCUCCCAAGUGCCCUGCUACCUCAGACCCCGGGCUCUGUGCUCCUUCAGAGUCCCUUCGCUUCUGCGGCACUUGACCCAUCCAAGAAAGGGAAAGGGAAGCCCCCAAACGUCUCUGCGACUGCGUUGGAUGUCAAGGUCAAGGAUGAGACUGUCCUCGGCAAGCACAAGUGUAAGUACUGUAGCAAGGUUUUCGGGACAGAUAGCUCUCUGCAGAUCCACCUCCGCUCCCACACCGGAGAGAGACCUUACGUGUGCUCUGUCUGUGGUCACCGAUUCACCACCAAGGGCAACCUCAAGGUACACUUCUAUCGACACCCUCAGGUGAAGGCAAACCCCCAGCUGUUUGCCGAAUUCCAGGACAAAGCAGCAGCAGGCACCGGCUCCCCCUAUGCACCCUCUGCCCCCAUCCCUGUAGAUGAAUCAAGUCUCUCUGUAGAAACCAAGCCUGCCCAUGUCAUGGGAACACCUUCCACAGGGCUACCUCAAAAGCUCACAUCGGGUCCUAACCCCAAGGACCUCAUGGGUGGCUACCUGCCCAACGACACGCAGCCAGGGCCUUCUCCAGAAAGUGAGGUGGGACUCCCACUCCUUGGGGGGGGGCUUGCGAAUAAUCCCCCAAGGGUUGGGGGCCUCCAGGGGAGUGGGACCCCGGAGUCAGGAUCAGAGACCCUGAAACUGCAGCAGCUUGUGGAGAACAUCGACAAGGCCACUGCCGACCCCAACGAGUGUUUCAUCUGUCAUCGAGUACUCAGCUGUCAGAGUUCCCUCAAGAUGCAUUACCGGACCCACACAGGGGAGAGACCGUACCAGUGCAAGAUAUGUGGCCGGGCCUUCUCCACCAAAGGCAACCUGAAGACGCACCUCGGGGUUCACCAAACCAACACGGCUGUAAAAACACAGCAUUCAUGCCCCAUCUGUCAGAAGAAGUUCACCAAUGCCGUCAUGUUACAGCAACAUAUCCGAAUGCACAUGGGUGGCCAGAUUCCUAACACACCCCUGCCAGAGAGCCCCUGUGACUUUACAGGUCCUGAGCCCAUGGUUGUCAGCGAGAAUGGCAGUGCCAAUGCCGUCUGCCAGGAAGACUCGGUGGAAAGGAUGGAAGCAGAUGACAUCUGCUCACGGGAUGUUCCUGGUGGCUCCUCAAAGGUCUCCCAAUCAGUUCCCGGUACCCACCUGGUGUCACCCAUUCUGGACUUCUCUGUGAUGGCUUCCCUGGAUACUCAGGGGAAAGGGGCUCCUCCCCCUUUGGGCCUGCAGUGGCAGAGCAGCCGAGAAAAUGGCUCAGUAGAGAGGGACAACUGCCUAGUCAAUGACUUGUCCUCACUCAUGGGUGACCAAGAGUGUCGGAGCCAAAGCCUAGAUGGCGAGGAAUCCAUGUGCUUACAGGCAGUGUCCCCUGCCAAUAGCCAAGCAGAAAGUGUCAAGUCCCGGUCUCCUGAUGCCGAGGGCAUCAAGGCCGAGGGCGUGGAGAGCUGCCGCAUUGACAUGGAAGCUCGCACUGGCAUCCCAUCAACAUACAGUCAUGCACAGCCCACCUACGUCAAAGUCGAAGUUCCUGGCACCUUUGUGGGACCCUCCAGCAUGUCCUCAAGCACGACACCUUUGGUGGCAGCGCAGCCACGCCGCCAGGCCAAGCAACACUGCUGUACACGGUGUGGAAAGAACUUCUCGUCUGCCAGCGCCGUUCAGAUCCAUGAGCGGACGCACACGGGAGAAAAGCCUUUUGUCUGCAACGUAUGUGGUCGAGCCUUCACCACUAAAGGCAAUCUGAAGGUACACUACAUGACGCAUGGGGCCAACAACAAUGCCGCCCGCAGGGGCAGGAAGCUGGCCAUGGAGAACCCCAUGGCCAUCCUGAGUGCAGAGGGAAAGAGAGUGUCUGAGGCCUUUCCCAAGGAACUCCUGUCCCCCACGGUGAGCGUGGACCCCACCACCUGGAACCAGUACACCAGCGUUCUCAAUGGGGGUCUGGCCAUGAAGACCAAUGAGAUCUCUGUGAUCCAGAGUGGAGGCAUCCCCACACUGCCGAUGUCCCUGGGGGCCAGCUCUGUCGUGAGCAACGCCACACUUUCCAAGCUCGAAAGUUCUCAGUCUGCUGUGAGCGGGAACAUGGAGAAGCCUGCUGUUCCUGACGGUGUGGCCAAGCACCAGUUCCCCCACUUUCUGGAGGAAAACAAGAUUGCAGUCAGCUAA